UUUUCCUUAAUUUUUUUGCACGAGAAGAACGUCGUCCAUUCUACAAACCGUUUUAACCCGCUCUCUUUUAGCGGUAAAAUACGGAUAACGUGUAGCUAGUUACUGGAGAAUAUUACUUUCGAAAACAUAGCUGAGAAUAUCAAGCUGGUCAACUUUAUAAAGUAGGUUGUUUUGGGACGCUCCCGACCGACUGGAAACCAAGUAAACGAAAACGUUACAGAACGUGAGCCACAUGAGUUCUGACGCUAAGCCCGAGCCUAAAAAAGCCAAAAUGGAGAAUGAAAGCAAGUAUCUCCCUGAGCUUUUGGCAGAAAAAGACAGCCUGGAUUCUUCAUUCACACAUGCAAUGAAACUUAUAUCUACAGAGAUAGAAAGGAUUCAGAAAGGAGAGACAAAGAAAGAGACWGAAAGAGAAACUUACCUGGACCUGUUUACCACAAAGAACAUCAAGGUCAAGGAACGUGUGCUCAUUCCCGUCAAACAGUACCCAAGGUUCAACUUUGUUGGUAAGAUUUUGGGACCCCAGGGGAACACAAUCAAGCGACUCCAGGAGGAAACUGGAGCAAAGAUCUCAGUGUUGGGCAAAGGUUCCAUGAGGGACAAGGUGAAGGAGGAAGAGCUGAGAAAGGGUGGUGAGCCCAAAUAUGCUCAUCUGGGCAUGGAACUGCAUGUCUUCAUAGAGGUGUUUGCACCUAUACCUGAGGCAUACCUGCGCAUGGCUCACGCCAUGGACGAGGUGAAGAAGUUCCUCAUCCCUCAGGACACCAUGGAUGGUAUAUGCCAGGAUCAGUUCAUGGAGAUUGGCUACCUGAAUGGUGGUCAAGAUUCACAAUCCAGGGGACGAGGGGGCCCUCCAGGCAGGGGCAGGGGAGCACCCCCACCCAACUCAGUAGGAGCCAGGGGGCGAGGAAUGCCACCUCGUGGAGGAGCCCCUCGUGGAGGCACCCAACGUGGUGGAGCUUCCCGAGGAGGACCUCCCAGGGGUGGGUCGGCCAGAGGGGCUCCAGCUGGUCGGGGUGGACCCCCCUCUACACCUGCUAGAGGAGGCACAACUCCCCGUUCCAGACCACCCACCCCAGGGACACCAAGGAUGCUCCCGUCCCCAGCCCACUCCCACCAGCAGCACCAGCACCAACAUGCACAACAACCCAAGGCUGAGGCCUACAAUGAAUAUCCCGCUUAUGAAGAAAGCUACGCUGAGCCUGCAUAUGAAGGUUAUGACAACUAUUACAGUCAACAACCUCCACAAGCGGAUACAGAGUACUAUGACUACGGACAUGGAGAGGCUCAGGAGGCUUAUGAACCCUAUGCCCAGGAUGAUUGGGAGGGUUCCUGGUCCUCCACUGGAGGCAAAGCCCCUCCAGCUAGGCAGGAUAAGAGGGGGGCCUACAGAGAGCAUCCAUACGGGAGAUACUGAACAGCCUCCGGUAGAGGGUUGCCAUGGCAACUCUCCCAUUGUAACUCACUUAACUCUCCAAAGUAAUUUCCCUAAAUGUUUUCUUUUAAAUUUUCUGUAGUUUUUUGUUUUUUAAUGAUUUGAGAGCAGGACAACUGGAUGUAUCGUAUCGAGUAGGCGUAGCAAGCGAAUGCAAGGAUUUGGAUAAUACGUUUUCAUUCAAUGUUUGUUUCCACUGCAUCAUUGACAGUUUUAAGAUCUAAUUUAAUGGUUACUUAGAGAAACGUGAUACCUUGUAUAGUGUUAAAUGUUAUUUUUGAAGGUUUGUUUCAGUUUCUGUCUUGAAAUGAUUUGUGGCAGUUGCAGACUCAUUUAGGCUGCAUUUCUAAAGUAUUUUUAGCUAAAACUUGAUUAAUGACGUCAAUGUAACAUCGGCAACUAGACUAAGAAUAUAUGGGGAAGAACCAAAAUAAUUUUGUAGACUAAUCAUUUUUGUAGAAACUAACAUUCCCUAUAGAGGCAUAGAUUUCAAUGUUUUUUUUCUUUUCUUAGUGUUUUGAAAUCUAGCCUUAUUAGACACUGAGACAGUCUGUCCUAAAAUAUCUCCUUUAAGUAUUUUCAAUUCGACUUGGUAGUAAGUACAUUCUACUUUAGAUAACUUUUGCUUGGCUUACUUUGGUCUACGUCUUAUUGGGCUGACUUUGAUAGAAAUGCUGAUAAAUUGCUCACUUUGUUUGAGUGGUCCUACAAGAAUUUGGACAUGGUCCUCACAUGGUCUUCAUGUAAGGGAAAACUGCAGCCAUCUCAAUAUUAUAUGCAUACACUUAAGACAAUUUUGUAUAUUGCUUUCCAAAGUUGUGCCGUCUCCAAAAUGCAUAGUGCUACGUACGUGUGUACUCUUGCCUAAAUAGGAUACUAAAUAUAUCCAAAAAAUGUUUUUCUGCAGUGCGUUGUAUCAAUAAAGCCUAAUUUGUUUUUGUUUUUUUAUCAAACUAAACCUGGUAUUUUGCUUUUGUUGUAUAGUAAUGCCUUCCACUUCUAAUAAAACUGAUUCUCGUUUUGAGGAUUUUCACAAAA